AUGCCACCGGGCAAAAAAGCGGAGCAGAAGCGCAAGGAGAAGAUCAUCGAGGACAAGACCUUCGGCCUCAAGAACAAAAACCGAAGCGCCAAGGUCCAGGCCUACGUCCAGCAGGUGCAGAAGACGGUCAACCAGCGAAACCCGAACGACCGCCGCGCCGUCGCCGAGGCCGAGGAGCGCCGCCGCGCGAAGGAGGACAAAAAGGCCCGCGAGGCCGAGCUCGCCAAACUCUUCCACGACGUCGACCAGGCCCCGCGGCGCGCCAAGGACGACGCGGACGGGGCCGACGCGGGGGAGGGCGAGGAAGGGGGGGCGCUGGUCUACGACCCCGACGCCUAUCUCUUCCGCCCCGAGGACUUCGACGCCGUCGCGCACGACGCGCGGCGCCUGGAGGAGCGCCUUGAGGCCGAGCGCGAGGCCCUGCAGGGGCGCCUCGACCUCACGCCGGUCACCGAGGCCACCUUCCAGGCCUGGAAGCGGGAGACCCGCCUGGCGAAAACCGCCAAAGAGGCCGCCCGGGUCCGCCAGGCAAAGGCCGGCCACGGCGCCCUCCGCGGGUGGGACCUCUGGCAGAUGGACCAGAACCUCUUCGUCGACGACGACCAGGCCGACGAGUUCUACAAACGAGAGGUCUUCAACGACGAGGACGACGAGGAGGAGUACGACCUAUCCUAA